GGCAGAGUAUCACUGAGAAAGCAAAAAUGAGCGACGUGGUGCCAAAAUAUCCACGUCCAUGUGCUUCCCACUCUUUGGGCCUUUGCACUAUAAAACCCUAACUCUUUGGCAACCUAAGAUCAAGAACCAAAAACAUCUUCAAAGCAUUUUCUGCCUUCUUGAUAUCACUUUUUGAGCUUAAGAAAUAUUAAACAAUACAAACAAUGGCUGCCUCAGCUUCCAUGCAAUCACUUCUAGCUAACUCAAUGGCUUAUGGAGCUGGAAAGAGCAAAUCUCUGAGGGUGAACCACCUUCUUCCUGCUAAGUAUGCUCCAACUCUGCAUAGGUACCCUAACAUGAGGGUGCGAUCCAUGGCCGAGAAUGGUCAGGAAGAGCAACCAUCUACAGCACCAGAGGCAUCUAAAAUUCCUCCACCACCUCCACCACCUACUCCCUCUCCUAAACGUAGUCCUAAGAUUAGCACUAAGUUUUCAGACGUGUUUGCGUUCAGUGGGCCAGCCCCAGAGAGGAUCAACGGUAGGCUUGCAAUGGUGGGGUUUGUUUCAGCUCUGGCAGUGGAGCUAGCCAAGGGUCAGGAUCUGUUUGCUCAGAUAUCCGACGGUGGAGUCUCGUUGUUCCUUGGCACCAGUAUUUUGCUGUCAGUGGCAUCUUUGAUACCUCUGUUUAAAGGGGUGAGCGUGGAGUCCAAAUCAGAUGGGAUCAUGACUUCCGAUGCUGAGCUUUGGAAUGGAAGGCUGGCCAUGUUAGGUUUGGUAGCUUUGGCCUUCACUGAGUAUGUGAAAGGAGGGACCCUUGUGUAGGUCUUUGAUUUGCUAGCUUAAUGUAUUUAGAGUUUACAAAAUUUAUAUAACAAUGCCACAUUUUCAUUAUAGACUCUAGUAUAAUCUUAGCUUCCAUUGGGUCCUACUUUUCUAGUAAGCACUUUUGCUCGGACGUUGAAUUUUUGUAAAGAUUCAAGUG